GAAAGGGCGAAAUCCGCAUCUGCCCAUUAGUAUUCUGCAAGUUUCGUCUACUUGCAUGCCCAACGCUGUAUUUUGUGGCAUGAGCCAUUUCGACGCCCGAUAAAGAUUUUCGUUCUGAGCUUUUGGAUAUGUGCUUGUCCGCGAAAGAGCUCGAGGAGCUGCUCAUGGAUACUGGUAACAAGCUCCUAAACCCUCCUUCAUCCAUUGAUGCCCUUCUCAAUGCUCUCGAUAAAGCUGAGUGUCUAUUAUCAAAUGUGGAGCAAUCGCCAAUGCGAUCGAUGCGAGAGGCGCUCCGGCCAUUAAUGAAGGCGUUAAUUUCCGAUAAGCUUUUGAAGCAUUCAGAAGAGGAUGUGAAGGUUACAGUAACAUCCUGCAUUACUGAGAUUACGAGAAUAACAGCGCCAGAUGCUCCUUAUGAUGAUGAGAAAAUGAAGGUGAUUUUUCAGCUGACUUUAGAAGCGUUUAGAAAGUUGUCAAAUGUAUCAGGUCGUGGUUAUACGAAGGCAUUAUCAAUUAUCGACGCUGUUGCGAAGGUUCGUUCAUGCUUGGUGAUGCUGGAUCUGGAGUGUGAGGGUUUGAUUCUUGAGAUGUUCCAGAAUUUCAUGAAACUCAUUAGGUCCAACCAUCCACCUGCUGUUUUUUCAGCCAUGGAAACCAUUAUGACAAAUGUGUUAGAAGAAAGUGAAGAAAUCUCCUCAGAUCUUCUCAGGCCUAUUUUAGCUAGUGUCAGAAAGGAAAAUAAAGAAGCCGCUUCGAUUUCAUGGAAAUUGGGAGAAAGGGUUAUGACCAACUGUGCUACUAAGCUCCAGCCCUGUCUUAUGGGCACAUUUCAGUCUAUUGGUGCUUCUUUGGAUGACUAUGCCCCGAUAGUUGUUUCUAUAUGCCGAAAUGGAACUGAUAGCAUUGGUGCGGGGAAUCGUUUGGAAAAUGCAAAGAACGAAGAGAAGGGGAUGAAUUCAAACGAGCCAACGCUGGUGGUGCAGACGCAUACGCCAAAUGCAAGUAUUGAAGAGAAUCCUCGAACUGAUGCUGCUUCAGAAUCAUUGAUAUCCAAUGGUACAGGUGCAGCCAGGAAUGGCAACAUACUGAAGGCAUCGUCGAGAAAAUCACAAAAACGUAGUGAACAGUCAAAAACGACAGAAACCAAAAUACCUGACAGUGUAGAGUCUACGAAGGCAGAGGACACAUUAGACCUUGUACCGAAGAAACGAGGCAGGAAACCCAACUCAUUAAUGAAUCCAGAUGAAGGCUAUGAUCAUUAUUGGAUUGGAAAAGGACGGGAACGGUUCAGGCUAUCCAAUUGCAAAAAGUCCAAUGACCAAGAAACUAAAUUUUCUCCUGUAAGCCUAAUAGUGGAAAAGACUUCUUUGCCAACAGAGAUAAAUGAGAACAUGAAAAAGAUGGAAGAAAUAGCUCGAGCUCGGUCAACGAAAUCAAAAGUUGUUAAGUCUAAGAAGAAUAAACCAACUGAGUUUUCUCCUGUAAGCCCAAGAGAAGAAAAACCUUCUUCGCCAACCGAGGUAGAAAAGGAGUCUUCUACACAUGCUGAAGAGAAACGUAUACAACCUGAAGAUGAAGUGGUAAAUGAGAAUAUGAAGAAGAUGAUAGAAAAAUCUCAGGGAAGGUCAAAGAAAUCUAAAGUUGGUAAGUCUAAGAAGGAUAGAGCACUCAUUGAUCCCGGAUACGUUGUUUCAGAAGAGAACGUUUCUGUUCCCUCUGAUUACAAAGAAACACGGUCGAUGCAUUUGGUUAUGAAGUUGAGAGUGAAGAACAGCAACGGGGACGGGUCAGUAGUCCAAAAAGACGUUAUAGUGAAAUCUAAAGAUACUAAUAUGGAGAAGAAUAUUCAUAAUCCAUCAACCUGUGAGGCAAAGGAUUCCAGAUCGGCCAAGUUAGAGGGUAACGAUUACUCGGAAGAAACCUCCCACGAAAAAGCUACAAGGAAGCGUGCUGUUGUGGAAAAAGAGGUAAUGGACAUAUCAAGUGCUAAAGAGGAACUGGUUGGAAGGAGAAUUAAGGUUUGGUGGCCCCUGGACAGGAAGUUUUAUGAAGGUGUUGUUCAUAGCUAUGACCCAGUGAAGAAAAGGCACAAGGUGUCAUACGACGAUGGCGAUGAAGAAAUAUUAAACCUCAAAACGCAACGAUAUGAGCUAAUUCGUGCCGAUGCUCUGCUACUUGGACUGAUACAGGAUGAGGAGAUGGAUGUCCCAAAAUCCGAAGCUUCAUCUGAUAUUAGACUGCGAAAGAGGAAAAGGAAAAGGAAAAACAAGUCAGAAUCAGACAAGGAGGAAAUAAACGGUUCUUCAACCAGAAGGGGUAGAGCCUCAGCCAAGAGGAAAUCGGAAGCUAAAUCAUCGACGUUGAGCAAGAAAGCUGCCAACAGUUCCAUGCUCGACGAUGGAGGGAGCAUCAAUAAUAGUACAAAAGGAAAUGAUAAAAACCUCGUAAACUUAAUAAAAAACAGUAGACUAAGGAUUACCUUAAACUCCAAGCCGAAUUGCCAGGAUUAACGCACCAAGAGACGAAGCAGAACCUCUUGGCACCAAAAAUUUAGCAGGAUUAGAGAUACGAGAACCGUGUACCAUCGUUUUGCCAGUUAGGAAAGACCAUAGGCCAGCAUAGGUCCUUUCCUUUUGUGUCUUUAGUAGUAGAGAAGAAAACAGGAUUUCAGCUAGCUAACCUGUCUUCUAAACAGUGAGCCAUCAUAUAUAAACAAACCUCCAUGUAUAAGCAGACAGUUAUUAUGUCAAAGCCAGCUCUUCCUAACAUGUGCUGAUAAUAUAUAAGUUAUAAUACUUGAUCCAUUGACAGAUCAAA